CUAAUAUUGUCUCUUCAACGACACCCCGUGCUUUCUCUCUCUCUCUCUUUCUCUCUCCGACUCUUGCAAACCUCAAGGUCCUCAACGUCACGUCCUUGUUCGAAACCCUAAUUCUGCUCCAAAGCCCUAGCCUAACGCUGUGCGAUCCCCAGUCCGGGGGAGGCGAUGCCGUUCCUUCGAGGAUUCGUGUAGCAUUCCGUGUUAGGGUUCGAUUUGUGGGUGCUCUUAGGGUUUACUGUUGGGGAUUUCGCACAUGAAGGAGCUGCUCGAUCGGACGAAGGUUGUGGUGCGGCAGUUGCCCCCGUCGAUCUCGCAACAGGCGCUGAUGGAGCAGAUCGACGGGAGGUUCGCCGGGCGCUACGAUUGGGCGUGUUUUUGCCCCGGGAAGAACAGUCAGAAGAACCAGAGAUCCUCUAGAGCUUACCUUAAUUUUAGAAGGCCGGAAGAUGUGGUAGAAUUCGCUGAGUUUUUCAAUGGUCAUACAUUCGUGAAUGAGAAGGGUGUUAAUUUUAAGGCUAUUGUGGAAUUCGCACCAUCUCAACAUGUCCCGAAGGCAUGUAUCAAGAAGGAUGGCCGCGAAGGAACUAUAUUAAAGGAUCCUGACUAUUUGGCGUUUCUCGAGCUCCUCUCAAAGCCAGUUGAAAAUCUUCCAAGUGCUGAGAUUCAGUACGAAAGGAGGGAAGCAGAAAAAGCUGGUGCUGCAAAGGAGACACCAAUUGUAACACCUCUUAUGGUUUAUGUUCGUCAGAAACGAGCUGCUAAGUGUGGACCACAGAGAGCAUCUGGAAGCACUCGACUUAGCAGAAGAGCUUCUGGAAUCCCGACCAACAGCUCUAGUCCUUCCAAAAGAGGUUCAGAUAGGCGUAGAAUUUCUUCUUCAAUGUACGUGUUAAGAGACCGUACAAGGAAUGAAAAAUCCAAGGAAAGGCCCACUUUUAUUUUAUUGCCCAGGCGAGAAGAGCAGCCAGUUAAAGAUAAAUCCAUUGCUGUUGCCUCUGCUAGUGCAAGUGAAACAAUGGAAAAUGACAUCGCAGCUGGUUCCAAUGAAGCAAUCUAUGGAUCUUCUGGAGCGGCUGAGGCAGGAAAAAAUAAGGUUGUCUUUCUGAAAGGGAGAGAGAGAGAAGGUUAUCAUGCAUCCAGGGGUUCACCCGUUCAUCAUGAUGUAACUUCUUCAGUGAGAAGUUCUACUGCUUCAACUGCUAAACAGGAUCAAUGUCUUGAUCCUACUGGAAAAAUUAUCAGAAGCAUACUACUUAACAAGGAAGGGAAAAUACAGUCAAUAUGCUCGGAGAAGGACAAGCGCCCUCCCCGGCCACCUAGCAUGCGCUCAAUUUUGAAAGAUCCCGUAUCUAGUCAUCCAUCAUAUGCAUCUGUUUCUGAUAAUGAUGAUAAAAGAUACUAUGAUGAAAAAAUUUCUGUGGGGUCUUUAUCGAUUUAUGAAAAGCACGACAGGCGUUCUAGAAAUAAAGAUAGACCUGAUCGUGGUGUUUGGACUCCUCGUCGCUCGGAGAAAUCUCGUUCUAUUGAUGGAACUCUUUCUCCAUCUUCUGAUCCUGCACAAGCAUACUCAGAUUCUUCAGAUAGAGGCUCCCUUUACCAGCAAGCAACUGGCAUUAAAGACGAUUGUCUGUCUGUUCAGAAUGCUCACAUUAGACAUGAUACGGUGAGCAGAAGGGAGGAUUUCAAAAGUUAUGGCAGUGGACGAAUCAGCCCUCAACUUGAGAAUGGCUCACAUAAGCAUCUCAGUCACCGUGGGCCAUCGCGUAGUUCAAAGGAAGUGGAAGGAUCUUUGGGUAUAUCUGAAGGAAAACAUACGAGACGAGGUUUUACUGGCUAUGGUGCCCAUGAGAGACAAGUAUGGGUUCAGAAGUCAGGCUCAGCAUCAUGAUCAUGUUAAUAUAUGCUUUUUUGAAACUGUGGUGAAGUUGAUUUUGCGGCUCACUCUUCUCUCUAUCAACUUGUGAUUCCAUGAAGUAGCAUAAAGGAAAACGUUGUGCCUUCAUGAGGUUCAGAGAUAUCAUUCUCGAUUAACCAGUUCGGACUAAAACAGUUGAACGAAGAGCUAUACUAAUGAGAUGCUUCUGGUUGACAAGUUGAAAGUGAGAAUGGAUUCUUAGGUCAAAUUACAUAUUUCUUCAGGUAAAUGGUUCUGAAUGGUUGUAUGUAGUGCACUGCUACAGUUGACUCUGUCGGCGAGGUGAAAAAUAUUUUGGCAUUGAAGGUUUGAGGCAAUUCUCAUACAUAUUCCGACGACUAGUUGGCUAUUUUGAGGGGCUUUGAGGGGUUAAAGGUAAGUUGCAAGUACCUUUAGCUGGAGGAACUUAGCUCUCACCUCUCGCACACGCCUAUGGACCGAUGUAGCUAUCAACCGGCUUCGUCAAGUGAAUAAAAGUUAGUUUAGUUGUGGUAAUUGUGGCAAAAUCCAAGUUUCGGCAACCUGAGUUGCUAUUAUCGUAAUUGGGCAACCAGCUGAGUGGAGAUGGAUUGGGUUCGUGUUUUGCUGUCGGAUGAAAUGGAUGGUCGACACAUUUAGAGUUGGUCCUACGUGGCACCCCGGAGGAACCUUGAUCUCUUUGUGAUAGUUUGGUUUAUGUUGGGGUUUAUUUUGCUAAUGAUGUGUAUUCUGUACAAAACAAGUGAUGUUUGCUUCAGUCUAAAGUGCUGUUAUUUUGAUAAACUUUCUUCUUUUUUA